AUGAUUGGCGGAUUGUUUGUGUAUAAUCACAAAGGAGAAGUGCUCAUCUCGAGAAUUUAUCGCGAUGAUGUUACACGCAAUGCUGUCGACGCUUUCCGAGUCAAUGUCAUCCACGCUCGACAACAAGUCCGAUCGCCAGUCACCAACAUGGCCCGCACUUCGUUUUUCCAUGUGAAGCGGGGAAAUGUCUGGAUUUGUGCGGUGACUCGUCAAAAUGUCAAUGCUGCUAUGGUUUUCGAGUUUCUCAAGCGAUUCGCCGACACAAUGCAAUCGUAUUUUGGAAAGUUGAACGAGGAGAACGUGAAGAACAACUUUGUGCUCAUCUACGAACUUCUAGAUGAGAUUUUAGACUUUGGAUAUCCGCAAAACACGGAUCCAGGAGUUCUCAAGACUUUCAUCACUCAACAAGGAGUUCGUACUGCUGAUGCUCCGGUUCCAGUCACCAAAGAGGAGCAGUCUCAAAUCACGUCUCAAGUGACUGGACAAAUUGGAUGGCGUCGAGAGGGUAUUAAAUACCGCCGAAAUGAGCUUUUCUUGGAUGUCAUCGAAUAUGUCAACUUGCUUAUGAACCAACAAGGGCAGGUUCUUUCUGCUCAUGUCGCUGGAAAGGUUGCCAUGAAAUCGUAUCUGAGUGGAAUGCCGGAAUGCAAGUUUGGAAUCAACGACAAGAUCACCAUCGAAGGAAAAUCAAAGCCAGGAAGUGACGAUCCAAACAAAGCAAGCCGUGCCGCCGUGGCUAUCGAUGACUGUCAAUUCCACCAAUGCGUGAAGCUCACGAAAUUUGAGACCGAGCACGCGAUUUCUUUUAUCCCACCGGACGGCGAGUACGAGUUGAUGAGAUACCGCACCACCAAAGAUAUCCAACUUCCAUUCCGUGUCAUCCCAUUGGUUCGUGAAGUUUCUCGUAACAAGAUGGAAGUCAAGGUUGUCGUCAAGUCCAAUUUCAAACCAUCCUUGCUCGCCCAAAAAAUUGAAGUUCGCAUCCCAACGCCACCAAACACAUCCGGCGUUCAGCUCAUUUGCAUGAAGGGAAAAGCCAAAUACAAGGCUGGCGAGAAUGCCAUUGUGUGGAAGAUCAAGCGUAUGGCUGGAAUGAAGGAGAGCCAAAUCUCAGCUGAAAUCGAUCUCCUCUCUACUGGAAACGUUGAGAAGAAGAAAUGGAAUCGCCCACCGGUCAGCAUGAACUUUGAGGUUCCAUUUGCUCCGUCUGGACUCAAAGUCCGUUACUUGAAGGUUUUCGAGCCAAAACUCAACUAUUCUGAUCAUGAUGUCAUCAAGUGGGUCCGAUACAUUGGACGAUCCGGAUUGUACGAGACUCGAUGCUAG